AUGAAGACCACAGUUCUCUCCAUCCUGGCUGCUGCCGGGCUUGCUACCGCCGGCCCCCUUGAAGCCCGUGCCAGUGGAGUCCAGGGAUUUGAUAUCUCAAGCUAUCAGGGAACCGUUGACUUCGCCGGGGCCUAUGGAUCUGGUGCUCGUUUCGUCAUGAUCAAGGCGACUGAGGGAACCACCUACAUCGACAGCACCUUCUCUAGUCACUAUACAGGUGCGACCAAUGCCGGGCUCAUCCGUGGUGGCUAUCACUUUGCCCACCCUGAUUCCAGCUCUGGAGCUACACAAGCAGAGUAUUUCCUGGCCCAUGGAGGUGGGUGGUCGAAUGAUGGCAUCACCCUACCCGGUAUGCUUGAUAUCGAAUACAACCCAUCCGGCGCAACCUGCUACGGCCUCAGCGCGAAAGCGAUGGUUGCCUGGGUCAAAGAUUUUGGUGAGACCUAUAAGAGCAAAACAGGUCGCUAUCCUAUGAUUUAUACUACUGCCGACUGGUGGAACACCUGUACUGGAGGCAGCAGUGCGUUUAGCGAGGACUACCCUCUUGUCCUGGCGCGCUACAGUAGCUCUGUCGGCACAAUCCCCGGCGGCUGGCCUUACCAGAGCUUCUGGCAAAAUGCCGAUUCCUACAGCUACGGUGGCGACUCAGAAAUCUGGAAUGGCAGUGAAGACUCGCUGAAGACUUUUGCGAAGGGCUAA